AUGUCAGGACAAGGAGGAGCAAGACGUGCCACGACCCAAAGUAGUUCAAACACCACAAGAGAUUCACAGCUGCUUUCUUUGCUUGCGGCGAGAAGAAGACAAUUGCUCACAGGAAGACUGACAACACAUAUCAACACUAUCGCUUCCUUGGCUCAUAAACCACACAAAGGAAACACAACAUUCGCCCAAUUGGAAAUAAGAGAUUCAAACAGCUCUAUUGUAAAGAGAAUAACAUUCGAAAAUUCAAGCAAUGAAGCCAUUGCACCAACACUUAAACUUGUAUCCCGAGAAGGUAACAAAGAAAUACGUCAGGAUAUAAAACCCCAUGAAAUAAGGCAUCUUUUUAUACCUAGAAUAUAUCAAGACAAGAAUAGAGCUGGGUUUUUAAAUAACAGAAGGAAAGAUUUUGGCAAUAGGUCAGUAGUGCCGAAAGAAACAACUACAGAGAGUGCUAUAGUUUAUCUCCCUCCUGAAAAGUUAGAGGGUCUCGACAAAGAAGUCGAUUUAGACCCAGAAGAAGAAUUUCAAGUUGACGAGUCCAAUCACGGAUUAUACUUACUGAAUUAUUCAGACACAGAUAACGUAACACAAGGGGAAGUAAUCUUAAACAAAACAACUUCAAGUAAUGAAAUUAAAGACAAUAGUUCAUUCUACUUUCAAACGACGACACUCCUUGCAACGGAUAGUAUUGAAAAGACAACAAUUUUACCCCAAUUUAUACCGAAAGAAGAAAAGCCAGAAGUAAAUAGUAUAGCUAAUAGCACCGAUCUUCGGAAUACUAAUUUAGUUAAAAUAGACAAUGAUACUGAUAAAACAAAUCAAACUUUGUUUAUGUCCAGAGAAUUAUAUAACCAUUUUCGACCUCUUGAAACCGAGUUAAAUGAUGAAGAAAUGGCGCCUUUUAUAUUUUUUGGACAAAAGUUAGGAAGUCAAGGUAUAUCUGAUAAUUUAACCAAUUAUCCAUCUCUCUCCGCAUCGACAAAAUCAGUUAACUUUAUAGCGGCACCUUCGAACUCAGAAAAAAGAAAAUUCAACUCACGUUAUUCAGCCACCGAAAAAUAUCGCAAUACAAGUGCCGGAGAGGAAGAAAUAAAUGAAGAAAUGGAUGUGUCGGUUGUGAAAAAUACUAUAGAAAAAAAUAAAAUAAGAAAUACGGUUAAGGGACCGGCACCUGCACGUCAGAUAGGAUUAGUUAAUGCUUAUAGAAAAUAUCCUAACACAACACAAUCGACACCAAAACCACAGGUUGCAGUAAAAUCAAAUGACACUGAAGCAAUUUUGCAGAGCGUGAAAUCAAAUACUGAGGAUAAAAAUAUUACCAUUGCGACACCAUUUUAUGAAUUACCGAGUAAUAUAAAUGAAACAAUCGCUAAAGAUAUUGCGGUUGUUAAUAAAACUUAUUCAGCACCCCCACCAAGAAAUUUCACAAGAAGCUACUUUAAUCCUCGACGCCGCCCUCCACGACCAACUUCAACAAGUACCGAACAUGUAGUACAAGAAGAAGUAAAUAAUACUACAACAGAAAAAGCAUCGACUUCUAUUUAUACAGCUGUUGUAACAUCUGUGUCUAUAACAUCUUCUGUGAAAGGUCUGAAUAAAACAGAUAUUUCGUCAAACGAAUCUAGUAAUGUAACUGCAGAUGGAUCCCCAGAAGAAUUAAAAAAUGAGACAACAACAUCAACGGCAAAUCCAAUAAACGAAACAGACACCACUACCUUACCACCAAUCACUGUCCGACCAUACAGGCAUAGAUACCGAAUAAGAACUACAACAACUGCAGGUGUUUUAAAGUCAAAACCUACAACUUUAACAUUAACCCAAAAACCCACAUCUCCAACAAGCAACAAAGACAUUGAGACCACGUCUAAAAUAUCUGAGGCACUAGCUAAUUUGUUCCGAAGAAAUGAGUACGAGAAUUCGACUAAUGGUAUUCCUAUACCUAGAAAUAUAGCAAAAAGACGACGACCAACGACUACGACUACUACUACGACUACUCCAAUUCCUGCGACUACUUUAAACGACAAACUCACUGACGUUACUGAAACUACAACAUUACCAACCACUCUUACGACUCCUCGUCCUGUUGAAGUCACAGAAAAUACGCUAAAAUCAAUAAUUGUAAUAUCUGAAACUUCAUCUUCAUCUAAUUCUAAGCCCCUUACAUUUACUGGUAAUAAAUCAAACAAAACAGUAGCAAAUAAUACAAUGAGACUGAAUAAUAGCCAGGAUGAAUCACAAAAUGAAGAGGUUGUUAUCGAAGCUGAAAAGACUUAUACUGCUUCAUAUGUCCUGGCUGGACUUGGUUUUCUGCCAGUGAUUGCUGUAGUGGUAUUUGUUUUAAGAAAUCUCCUUAAUAAGAAAGCAAAGGAAAUCGAUACCGAAUACGAAGGCUAUUUUGAUGAAAGCGGCGAUGUUAAAAAGGAAUCCCCUAUAACUCCUGUCGCCAGACCACCGAUGCCAACUCCUACCAAACCUGACCAAAAGUGGGAAUUUCCGCGAAACAAACUAAGAUUACAAACUUUACUGGGACAAGGAAAUUUCGGCCAGGUUUGGAAAGCUGAAGCGGAUGAUUUGAAUGGUCACGACGGGUUAACUCGCCUGGUUGCUGUAAAGACAAUCAAAGAAUCAGCCUCACAGAAAGAAAAGCAAGAGCUGUUGCAUGAAAUUUACAUCAUGCAAAAAAUCGGCACUCAUCCGAAUGUAGUAACACUUCUAGCUUGUUGUACUGAACAAGAACCGUAUUUAUUGAUAAUGGAGUAUGUCAUGUGCGGUAAACUGCUGACGUAUCUCCGCGAGCGGCGGUCCCGACCCGAUCGCUUCAGCGGUAGUGGCGCACUUACUUCAAGAGACCUGACAGUAUUCGCCUAUUGUGUCGCGAGGGGUAUGGACUUCAUUGCUUCUAAAGGGAUCGUGCAUCGUGAUCUGGCAGCCCGUAAUGUCCUCGUCGAUCAUAACAAGCUUUGCAAAAUAGCUGACUUCGGCAUGUCUCGCACCGCGGGUGCUAGUGGCAGGGCUCGUGGUGCGCUGCCAGUUAGAUGGAUGGCUCCAGAGGCUCUCAUGUACAAUGUUCAUACCCAUCAGGCGGAUGUAUGGUCCUUCGGCAUACUGCUGUGGGAGAUUGUCACACUCGGUUCAACACCAUACGCAGCGAUGUCAGGUCGUGAGGUCGCCGCGGCGGUGUCAGAGGGCUACCGGUUGGAGCGCCCCCCGCACUGCGCUCCGCCCCUGUACCACGCGAUGCACGCUUGUUGGCACGCAGACCCUUCACAGCGACCUUCCUUUGCCUCCCUCAAGGCCACCCUCGCGGAAUUACUACAGAACGAGCCCGUUGAAGGCAACUACGUUGACCUCGACUCCUUUUACCAAGAAUCGUCGGUUUACAGCGACCCGUCCGCUAUCAUUCACGACGAUGAAGGGCUAUCCGCUGAAUAUGAUAGGGAGAGGCGGUGCUUUAGAGAGCUACAACCGGGCCCAAAUAAGUUUGAAAACAGAGCGUUCAACCUGCGCGAUGAGGAACUCCGUAAUAAAUUCGGUAUAGGAACACCACGGAUGGGUGGCUUUGGGAUACGAGACAUGCCCUUCACGGAGAGAAAUUUCUCCGACGGAGAGUUCAACGACAGGAAUUUCCAAGACAAAAACUUCCAAGAAAGAAGUUUCCCCGACAAGAACUUCAACGACGCGAACUUUUCCGAACGGAAAGAAAAACUAUCAACAUCCAGUUUCCACAGAGAGAGGGAAAGAGAAAACCCCCUCGUCAGUAGGAACAGCUUCAAUGGUUUCCCAAGGAUAGGAACCAGAGAGAAUCACUUUCAAUUAGCGCCUGACGGACGAAAUAAGAGAGUGUCGGAAUUUGAAUGUGAUAUAUAG